CGCUGUAAUGUCGCAUGUCUCGAAUGCGCUGAGCACUGAGCGUAUUUGCCACAAGCGAAAUGCUGUGAAUUCAAACAUUAAGCAAACACUAAUGCCAACAACAAUAACAACAACAACGGGGAGCAGCAGCAACAAAGACGUCUCGAAAUCAAUGCACUGUCUAAAAUGCGCAGCGACGUGUGUUGCGUGUGUGUGUAGCAGCGUUUUAGGCGCAGCGCCGAAGGUUAUACACCAGCAUUGCUGCCGCAGACACAUAGCCAUCAUUAAAAGCAUGUUGCUAUAUACCUAUACAUACAUACAAUACACACACACACACAGCAGUGUGUUUCAACGCUCUAAGCAGCUAGCAGCCGGAGCCGCCACAUUUCUGUUGUGCCGCUGUGUCGCGUGGUUAACGAGUCGUGAAAAGCCCUUUGGCGCUUUGGGGUUGUUUCAUACCAGUCAUUUGCAUGUGUGUACGUGCUCACAUUCAAAAACAUCCAAACACACGCACACUCCUCUGUAGCUGUUGUGUGGCAGUUUUGUGUUCUCCUUGUCGCCCCGCCGGCAUGUGCUAACGUCGGCAGCACAAACAAAUUCACAUAAAAUGUUGUUGAAAUUAUUCAGCGUCGCAUUUGUAGUCGCACUUCCAGGCGCGCUUUGCGAAUUUCUUGCAAUUAUGUACUCUGUAUGCCUCUGGCGCCUGUGUUGCAAGUUACAUACAGUAUGUGUAUGCUGCGUUAGCAUGAAGCUGCGUUGUUGAAAUAAUUAUUAAAGUUAAUUUCACUUAAUGCACUCAAUUCGCAAUGCAAAUUUAUACACUUUUUGUGGAAUAUUUUAUACUUAAGACUAGCUAUUACAUCUUAAAGCUACGAACAGCUUGGUAUUGUGGUAUAAGAAAGUAUAUUUUUUUGACUACUAAGCACUUUUGGAUUUCCUUAUGACUAUUUUUAUUAAAAUUAUUAAUAUAAAACUGCCUUUUAAUAAUCAAUCCUUGAGCUAAGCUUGGAAAUAAUGUUUCAGUUACCUUUCUUUUCCUCAUGGUCCACUUUAGAACCUUUAGUUGUCAAUUUAUUCUUUGAUAAUCUGGAAACUUAUAUAAUUUAAUGAUAAUCUGUGUUUAAGAAACCCCACCACUAUUGAAGGCAUUUGGUAUGCACCUAACUGUACUACCUUCAGUUAUUGUGAACGUGUAAUAUGUAAUUUAAGCAAAAAAAUACUGUCUCUCCGCGUUUUCGUCAGAGCAUCGUGACACUUUAAAAGCUUAAUGAUUUUCACAACCUAAUUUAUCAAAAAAAAUAUUAAAUUCAUUCAUUCAUUUCAUUCAAGUUGGCUUUUUAUAGUGAGUAAAGAUUUCUGGUGGCAUUCUUAGUAUGUCAGAUCCCUAACUUAUAUAUUUUCCAUAAAAUAUUUUAAGUUUCAAAUGUUAUUUCAAAAUCAUUUGAUCGGCCUUUAGAGAAUUCGUAAAUCAUAUAUUUCAGCAGCAAACUACUUUGAAAGUCGAUAUUAAUCUAAUAACAAAUACAGAUUUCUUAAUAUUUGACACUAUCGUCACCUAACUGAUUAAUUUUCCGUAAGACCAAUUACCGUUAUACCAGUAUUAUAAUCGAUGAAAACCAAAACCAGUUUCCUUUAUAUAAUUUCUUAUAAAUGUUUAUCAUAUACCGAUAGGAUCAUAGCGAAUAAAAUAUAUAUUCCGUCUCUACUUCUUGAGAAAAUCUUGUUCAAGUUUUUUACAAUCUCUGCUAUUUCUCGUAUUUUGUGGAAAUUGGUCACAAAGAGAACUAUAGUGAAUGAGUUCCUAGUAGAAUCUUGAAUUAUCGUCUUAAUAUAUUGAAACUCCUCCCAUGUUAUUACACAGUGUUUUGGAAAAAUAUAUUGAAAAAGAUUCUAGAAGUUCAAUAUUUAUAUUUAGAUCCAGGAAAUCCUUUGAGUACUGGUACGUUAGCACCACCUACCGGAUCCACAUUUUAAACUCAUACAGUUAUGCAGAUAUUAACGUGCCACUGACACGAGAAGUAUUCCCUCUUCUCGACUGUAGUCCCAUUUAGCGGAGUAAGUACUUUAUGUUUUUCCGACGUUUGUUUAACUUUCUUGGAAAUCUGUAAAUAGCUUCGCGAAUGAUUAGUACCUGUCGAAUAUAAAUAUCACACUUUUUGGUUAUAUAGAACUCUUUGCUACUGUUCACUUUGUGGGUCUUGAACUGAUACUCUUUUCUCAUGAUAAUGGAUAGCUUUGAAUAUUAUUUUAUUUAUUAUUUUUCGGAGAUUUAUAUUUGGAGUUUUUGUGUAUGUCGUAUGACAUGUUAUAUCAGGUUUUCAAUUUUCUUUGGACCUAGCCUUAUAUAUUUAGAAGAUCUGCCACAAGAUACAGUUCGAUAACGUAGUCCAACUGGUAUCUGCCACCUUGAUGCCACAGUUAACUAACAUAAUAAACUAUGGUGUAUAUUCUACAAAGCCUUCCUUAUCCGCACUCUCUUAUUGUUUUCCCAUCUUAUAACUUUCCAACAUAUCUUUUUUGCAUAAUUGCCUCAUCAUUAGUAGUUUAACCUAAGGCGCUUAAGCGCAGGAAUCAAGCAUUGAGUUCUCUAAGCCUAGAGAUUAGGGAAUUUUCUAAGAACUUUAGCCAGCCACUUGCAUUACAAUGUGUCUCCAAAUAGAAAAGGGCACACAAAGGCGCCGAAAACAAUGCAAAGCAAAUGAGAAAACAAAAAUAAAAGUGGAAACACAAAAAAAAAAAAUAAGAAAGCGAAGUGCCGAAAACUUUGCCGAAACUUGCAGCUAAUGAACUUUAAAUAGACCUAAGCAUGCCAGCAGGCAUAGAGAACUCUCGCAAAAAUUUCAUCAAAAGAUGUUCAAACUUCGUGACGCACACGACAAACAAAAAAAAAAACAUAAACCACAUCCUCGAAAGGUGUAGCAAAUGGUAAGAAUCGACAACUACUUGGAAACGGUCCAAGCAGCAGUGGGGCAACUUUUUCGAGCCUAAAGAUUGCCUUUCUCUGAGUUUUAUUUUUCGGUUAAGCUAGUUUUUUUUUUUGUUGUUUUUCUCUCGCAUGUCGCUGCGAAAAAUAUGCCGCACACGUUUUCUACGCAUAUUUUGCGACAAACAAGCUGAAAAAGACAAAUUAUUUUGCUCAGAGCGAAAUCAUGCCUAUACCCUUUGUGCGCCACACAUUUUCCAACUCACUCGCAUUUUCAUAAGUUUUACACGUGUCUCUGCCGCUGGCGGUCCACCCGUACAUUUCCGAGUUAUGACUGCGCGGCGCCUAAAUCUAUACUAUGCCUAGGCUAAAGUAUUUUAACAUUAUCGAAGUAUUCAAAGAGAUGACAAAGAGCUUCGUUAGUUUGUAUUGUUGUGCUAUUUAAGUUGUUAUUGUUACUGCCGUUAUGACUUGUCUUAUGACCGUUAUAUAGCAUUUUUUGUGGACUAGCGAAAGUCGUCACAGCAAGUAUCUUUGGUCUUUUUAACGGUAGUGGGUGCAUACAUAUAUACUAUGUAUGCUAUAUGUUCUGUAGUUCUUGCUGUAUGUACAGCAUGGAUAGCCAACUUUGAAUUCUUUGAAGCGCCGACAGCAAAACUUUUUCGUUUGUUUAGUAAGAAAGGUAAAAAAAACAUAGAAAGGAAGAAAAUGUAAUAAAGUUUGUGAUGAAAAAUAAAUAAAAUGGAAAAUAAAAUAAUUCUCUACUAGAAAAUAAAAAUUCCAAAUGCUAGGCACGUUUUCUGCUUAUAAAUGACUCAAAUAUGUGUGCCACUUUUCAGCAUCUUGUUAUCUGCUGGCUAUUACACUAGUUCACAUGUGCUAAGGUAGUCUGUGUGCAGUUACACUUUGUUUAUACAAGCAUUAGGUUGUCAUAUAUCUCCCUUCCGCUCUUUUGCUCUUUAUUCAAUGCUUUAUAGAAAGUGUUACAGUGAUCAGAUUUAGUUCAAAUAUGCUGUAUGCGGCAACUUCAUAAUACCCCCUCGUAUAAGACUCCCUCUUUAUUUGCGAAGAACUCGGACAGCCACUUUUCAAAAGCCUCUCUUGUGUUCAACUUUACACUACCAAGGACGUUCGCCAUGGAAAAGCUAUGUGUAUAUCAUCAACGAAGUGUGUGGUCUGGCUUUGUCCUGGUGGAACACUACACCCUUCCUGUUGGCCAAUUCUGGACACUUCUGGUCGAUCGCCUGCUUCAAGUGAUCCAGUUGUUCGCAGUAAAUGAUAGAAUUAAGCGUUUGGCUGAUAGUGGAUGAUUCCCUUCCAAUCCCACCAAACACACAGCAAAACCUUCCUGGCCAUCAAUCCCUACUUGGCCCCUGUUUGGGACGAUUCCCGGCCUUCGACCACGACCGUUUUCGCUUCAUAUUGUCGUAUGUGAUCGAUUUUCCGUCGCCAGUCACCAUCCGCUUCACAAAUGGGUCGAGUUCGUUCCGUUUCAGCAACAUAUCGCAGGCGUUGAUUCAGUCCAGAAGAUUGCGCCAAUCAUGCGGCACUCAAACAUCAAGCUUUUUUUGUAUCCAGCUUUAUGUAGAUGGUUUAAAAUGGUUUGGUGACUAACUCCCAUCUCCUGCGCGAUGUCAGGAGAUGCCACAUGUCGGUCUAGGUCGAUGUUUUCCAUUAUUUGAUUGGUAUUCGUGGUCAUAGGUCUUCCGCCGGCUGGCUAAUCCAUGGUGUCGUUGUCACCCGCUCUGAAUCGUUCCUCCGUAGUUCGAAGUGAUAGAGUACCAUCACCCAAAACACCAUUAAUCUCACCGGACGUUUCUGUAUCGGAUUUGCCUUUAACGAGGGAAUCUUUGAAAUAGCGCGAAUUUCGGCUUUAGUGAACUCCAUGUUUACAUGUCUAUAACUGUUGAACACAAUAUCCAAACUAAUCAUGCAUUGCAUCGUUUUGUAGGAUAUGUCAAGGCCUUUCAAAGAUGUAUAGUAUUGCCAGAUACGAGCUCUUUAGCGCUUUAUACAUAGCCGAAAAGGCGGAAGGAAGCGAGAUAUCCAUUAAAGUGGGUUUUCUUUUUGCACGAAGCUUCUUCAUUCGAGGUUUAUUAUUUAUUCUAUAUUUUACUAAUUUUCGUAAAUAAAUUUGAAAUCACACUGGCUGUAUAAACAACAUAUUUAAUUUGGAAUUUAGUUUAAAAAAAAAUUUAGAAUUUGGCAACGCUACAUUUUGUUAAACACAAAACAGCAAAAUUGUAAUGCUAUUUUUUUCUAUGAGCUGAAGCAGCAUUGCAAACACAACCUACAACACCAUUUUGACUUGUUUUUGAUUUUGAUGAAACAACGAAAAAACACCAACAAAAAAAUUGCGUGAACUUGACAUGAAAAUCAUGAUUGAUCGCUUCUGAAUGACAACACCGAUACAAAAUGGCGUUUUUGUCACUUACUUUGUGUGCGAUGCGCAAUACAUUUGUCAAUCAAUCAAAAUAAUAAAAAAAAUAAUGUGAAAAUAAACGUUAAUUUUCCAGCUGGAAUAGAGUACAUAUUAUAUUUCAAGCAUAUGCUUGAACAGCAUUGCCGCGAGUAUACAAACGGCGCUGCCAAAAGCUGUCAAAACCAAAGCGCGUUGAGCGUAAAAUGCAAAUGAGACAAUUCAUUAAUUAAGUAGCUAAAUUGUGAUGACCAAAUGGGAUGAAAUGUUAAGGAAGGAAAAUUAUUGACAAAAAAAUUAGUUAAAAAUAAAUAAUAAUUCUAAAAAAAUUAAAUAAUUACGGAAAAUACAUAACAAAAAAAUUAAUAUAUUCGAAUUUAAUAUGGUACUAGCUCUGCUCAGACCUAAUCGCCGUUACGUAAUGCUCAUUUAAUUCAGUUGUCAACAGUUUUGCUGUUUCUCAGCUGCGAAUUUCGUCCGCAAAUCAAUACAAAGUAAGGCAAAAGAAAAAAACAUAAAAAACCAACAACUGCGCGGCUGAAAAAGUCUAACCUUAACAUGCAAAAACUUGUUGGUCGCCUUCAGAGUAGAGUACAGAUAAAUCCACCAUCUUCACGGCGGAGAGAGUUAAUUGAGUGUGCGGAUUAUUUGUAAGCUGUAAAUGCGUCUUUGAUUGUCGUCACCACCUGCUGUGCGUUGGAGGGGAGCGAAAGGCAAACAAGCCGAAGUAAUAAGAAAUUAGACGAAAAGUAUGUACUUAGCGAAAGUUGCAAAUAAGCACGCGUAUGCUAGCCAUUCUAUUGACUUUCAUUAACGAGCAAAUGAGCGCCAUGGCGUAUGAGUGACGUCAAUUUGGUAUUGGCAUAUGUGGGCUGGCUGAUUAUGUUGCGCAGUAAUUUGCAACUUGCUUAAGUGCGUGUUUUGUGCCGUUUUGCUCACACUCAUUGGCAGUCACUCACUAAGCAAUACUCAGUCUCAGUCUCUCUCUUGUACAUGCUGAUAAAACAAAAAAGUGUAAAAGUUCCAGUUGAUUAAUUUGCUAUGGUUAAUUGGGUUUUACCAAACUUUUUUGGUAAUCGAAAUUAAUUUUUUGAUAUUUUCAUUAAGUGGCUGAGUAAUUUGUGUGAGAUGUGUGGUAUUUACUUUAAUGAGUGUUGAUAUUGAGUUGGGAAGAGACACAUAUUUGAGGUUAGGGAUGGAAUUUUUUGCAGAUUUAUAUUGCUGGCACUCCACAUAACGACUUUAUUAUUUCUUUUAUUAAAAAAGUUGAAUAGAAAUAGUAUUUAAAAAAAGACCAAGGUUGCCACAUAUUUUAAAUAUAUUUUUAUAAAUAACCUUAAAGUUGGACUUAUAUUUUAAGAUAACUUUUUCCGCUAACCAAUAGAUUUCACUACAAAAAUCUUAUUUAUAAGCGUUGCCAGAUAUAUUUGAUUAAAAAAAUUAAAUAACUACUUCUAUACUUCUUAGAAUGAUGUUAUACACUAAAACGCUUAUAUCUAAAGCUUUUUACAAGAAAUAUUAAUUAUAAGAGUUGCCAGAUGGUUUUAAGUUAAAAUUUUAUUUACUUAAAGAAUAAAAAUUUUAUAAAAAUUUACAUACUAUUUUUGAAAUGAUAACGAAUUUAAGUAAAGCGAAAAUUUGUAAACAGGGUUGUCACCUUUUUUUAAUAUUUUUCAUAAAAAUUACUUUUAAAAUUUUAAAUAUUGCAUAUUGUUAUAUAUAAAAUAGAUAUUACAGUGAUAUGGCUUUAAGAGGUUGCCACCUGUACUGGAAUAUUAAAGAAGAAAUUAUGCAUAGUUGAUAAAAUCUUCGAAAUACAUGUGUUUUUAAACAGCAAAAUUCUUUAACUCGACAUUUUUCAUCAAACUUUCAUUUUUUUCUUUUUGUGUGAUCACACAACCACUAGCUGGUACUUUUAUAAAGUAAAAAGUAAUUCUAACAAGCUAGCAUACAAACUAUGUGUCUCACUCUCUUCACAAUCUGUACACAAGCUGCCACUUACAGCUGCAACCACACAAUUUAAUUGCAAAUAUGCCAAUGCAACUCAAUUUACUGCGCUUGUCGCGGAGAUUGACAGGGAAAUAACAAUUUCGGUUUUAUCUUCGCCGCACUCAAUCACUUCCGCUCCAUUUUCGAUAUUAAAUAGCUGCAGCUUUUACUUAGCCUCGCCUACAUACAUACAUAUAGAAAAGCUAGUGUUGGCGCCAAAUAAUGUUAUUUUCCUUAUUCACUUUCCUUACGCUGCAAAUUGCCAGCGCAACCUCCUUGCCAUAUCUGCGAUCUGCAUUUAAGUAGCUGCGCUGUUCGUUCAGCACAGAUUCGAAACGCUGAUUGGUAUUUGCACGAAAUUUGCAGUGACGUGCUGCCACUCACACUGUUUAUGGAGCGGUUUUUUUCGAGGAGUAGAUGUUGCAUUUUCUAGUCUCGCUUUUGACCAGCAUAUUUGUCUUUUGUGGAAAGUGUGCCAUUUUGGAGUGCUGAUUUUGAAGUGAUUUCCUCAAAGCUGCCAACUUCAUCAUUUCAAUAUACUUUGGGUAAUUUUCUUUUGAAAGAAAGCGUUUUUUAUCACUUUUGAAAAAUCUUUUGAGACAAACUUAUAGUAAGUGCUCGUAUAACACUUUUUGAAUUGGCUUCGUUUUUCAAACAGUGAAGAAGUACUAAUACCUCACUUACAGUUGUUUACUGGCUAUUUGUCUACAAGCAAUGAAACUUCUUGCCUUAAUUGCUGUGUUUUUUUAAUUAUUUAUAUAAUUAGUUCUUUAAAAUCUUUAAUAUACCUUGCCAGAGGCCAUACCCAUUUUCACAAAAAGGUUUCAUCCUGAGGUGAUCCUUUAUACCAAAAUACUUUAUACUUUAUUUGUGGCUUAGUUAUAGGCUGUGUGAGGUGAGGCUGUGUGUCCAAUUACUCCCACAUACGAAUACACACAUACAUAUAUUCUUUAAAGUCAUUCAUCGGUGUUAUGGUUGUUGAAAGUCUUUAACCGUAUAAAUAUUCGAGACCGUCCUUUAAUAUAUUUAUUAAAAGCUAUCCUUGGAACGGCUACUACUUCUAGAAGCAGAUUUUUAGAAAUGUUCGAAUUUUAGAAUUGUUAAUAAUAUAUACAAUUUGUUGAAACCAUGUUUAAGAGAGGUAUUCUCGCGACGAACAUGUUAUUGUGGUUUUUGUUUGCGGUUAUUUUUAGUUUUUCCAGCAUUCUUUAUUUUGAAACAGUUCUUGGUAAAAUUAUUGCAUAUAAAACAUUUUAUAUUACUUUGAAUUACAUACUGAACUGUUUGGUACUAAAUAUCGAGCCCUUACCGCAAAAACACAAACAUGCGAACGAUAAACAAAGGGUACAGAUGGUGGUAAGCAUUUUGGUAUUUCUAACACUUCCGAUUUUUUUAUUUUUGACCUUGCAAAAUAGUCAGCGAUGAAUAAGAGUGGUUUAAAAAAUAAACUGAUUUUUUUUUUUGGUACUAAAUAUCGCGCCCUAACCACAAAAGCACAACAAAUGUUAGCAUUAAAGAGUGUUAGGCUGAUUAAAGCAAGUCGAUGUACAGGGUUUCUAGUGUUGUCAAACAUAAUUUCAUAGUUCUUGAUACAAUGGACCAUUGAACGACUUGCAGUAGAGUUCAUCUUGUCUUUGUUCUAACUAUUUAUUAUUCAAUGAAAAUUAAUGUGUUUAGGAUACAAAUUGCAUAGGAACCCUAAUUGCCGAAAUUGCAGCUUACGGUUUAUUACUUUCCAAGUGGAUCAGACUCUGUAUCUAGCCUUAUCUAGCUUGUCACAACAGAAAUCAUCAAUCCCGUAGGUGCAUGCAUCCUGCUCUCUAACGAUAUGUACUAUAUAUUUAUUAAAUGUAUCAGGACUCAUUCCUCACGAGUAUAUUAGAUCCCGAACAAUGAUAUAUUUGAUAUUAGAGGCUUAAGACACUCACUGUUAGAAACACCCUGUAUUAUAUGCCGAAUUCAUCAUGUGUGGUUUGAUGGCGGCAGCAAAAAUUAAAGAAAUUUAUUGUAUAUGCUGCUUUGAUCGGAUAAUUCUGUUCAGUUUCAAAUUGAAAUCAUAACUGUAAAGUCUUCUUUCGGUUUUUUAUUUAAUAAGAGUCAAAAGCUUAGUACUUAGAUAUACUAAUAGUAAUAAAAACAAAGAAGAAGUGUGAAUUAAUUAAUAAAUAGCGGAGUUAAAUCUGUAAAACAUUCGGUGAAAAAAUAUGAACGCUUUAAAUUGCGUCACACACCGCUCUCUCGCUUGCUUUUUCAAACUACUUGGGCCCUUCAUAAUAUUCAACUUGAUUUCACAGACAUUUCAAAAGACAAGCGCAUCAUCACAGCAUCUGGGACAAGCUUGCUACGACGCGCGCUGUGAAUGUAACAGUUUUGAGCUUAAAUGUAGUGUGUAUGGCGUUUAUAUACGUAUCUACAGCAACGAGGCAGUGAAUAAUUACACGAGGAUCACAAUUAGCUGUAAAGAUAAUACAAAUUUUAAGGAAUUACAGCAAGCGCAGUUCCCUUACCGAUUUCGCCAAAAUGAAGCUGAUUUCAAACUAAUCAAUUGUGUUGUAUUUCCGGAAAUAUUAAGGCGCACAAAUAUUAACUACGCAGGUACUAUCACAUUCGACGUUGCUUUUCCUGUUCCUGUGCGUUUUUUACACAGCGCGGUUGGUUUACAGCGGUUGGAAUUUCAGUUGGUAGUUAAAAGCAGCUCCGCAGAUAUAUUGCCGGUACAACUUUUUCACAACCAAAGCGCAUUGAGAGAACUUAAGUUAGUAUUGUCUUGUGAGCCUUAUGAAAUAACACUACCGUCGCAAAUAUUCCAUACGCUGUACGUACUGGAGGUGCUUUUAGUGACAGCUAAUAUAUGGGACCAUACAGAUAAAAAAACGGUGCUGCGUAAUUUAACAGCGGAACAUUUUCGUGAUACAACGAAUUUGCGUAAAUUAGAUUUGGGAUGUAAUUACAUGCAAACAUUACCAAGUGAACUCUUUUUCACACUAACCGAGUUAAACGAAUUGACUCUACGCAAGAACAAUCUGACGACGUUGCCAAGUGGUAUACUGCACGCGCAGGAAAAACUUAUAAAGCUUGAUCUUUCUAGAAAUCGGUUGCAGACGCUACCACCUGGCAUCUUUGAUACGACGCCGCUUUUGUGGCAGCUUGAUUUGAGUCACAAUCAAAUGAAUGUGCCUAAUAAUAUUAUUGCAGCUAUCCAACCAUUGCGCUAUCUCUACCGACUUAAUUUGUUUCGCAAUAACAUUACAGACAUUGCCGGCGCUGGUGAGUUUCAAAAUCAUACACUAUUUUCGCGUCAUCAAAUAGGUGAAAUUAGUGCAGCGCCGGUUUUUUUCCAAUACUAUGUAAAGCAGCUAUCGAGCCAAGUGAAGCCCUACAAUAUGACUUUAAUCGAUCUGCGUUUUAAUAGCAUCAAAAUAUUUCAUGUACGUGAUAUCAGUGCUGCUGGUGUGAGAUGCCCCUAUGAACUCGAUAUAAGUAAUAAUAAAAUAGAGCGUAUCUAUGAGUUAAGUAAUUCAGCGCACAAUUAUGGGAAGUGUACGCGUACAAUAACAAUAUGGGACAAUCCACUGCAGUGCGACUGCACAUUAUCUUGGAUCUACAGAACAGAAAUUUCGAUGUUCACUACCGGCAAGUGUGUUGGGCUCGAUGGACGUAUGCAUAAACCUUCGUUUGAGAAUCUCUCUAUUUGCGAUUGGAAGCCAAGGUUUUGCCCCACCGUCUGCAGUUGCCACUAUGACUCGCAAAUGCUGCACAUCAACUGUACACACGCGCGUUUGGAGAGUCUUACCGAGUUGCCGCGCCCAGAGCAGGUUUCUUUAACUCAGAGCAGUCUUGAUAUUUCGUACAAUCAGUUUUAUGAAUUACCUUCGAACUCGACAUUCGGUUAUGCCAAUGUAACGCGGUUGUGUGCGGCACACAAUCGACUAGAGAAUAUACAAAGCGCGCACUUGCCGCCGAAAUUGGAAGUGCUUGAUGUGCGCAACAAUAGUUUAGAGCGCUUGAGCGACAGUUUCAUACAAUACUUUCUCAAUGAGAGCGCCACUUUGCAGGAGCUUUAUCUCUCUGAGAAUCCAUGGCUCUGCGACUGUAGCGCUAAGCAAUUGCUGAACUACGUGCGCACGCAUCGUAAGCGCAUACCCGAUGUGGCGCUCUUGGCUUGCGCUAAUCUAGAGAAUAUCAGCUUGCUGCAAGCGCGCUACGAAGAUGUAUGUGUGCCUGAAUCAAUGCGCUUGGCGUGGUUUCUUUUCAGCAUAUCACUGGUAAUUAUUGUGUUCAUUAGCCUAAUAGCGCUUUAUUAUAAAUAUAAUUUGGAGAUUCAUGUGUGGCUGUAUGCGCACGGUAUAUUUCUCUGUUGCACAAGCGAGCAUGAGUUGGACAAGGACAAAACAUUCGAUGCAUUCAUAUCGUAUGCCCAUCAGGACGCACGUUUUGUUAAUGACAUUCUAUUGCCCGGUCUCGAGCAGGGUGAACCACAAUUUAGCGUGUGCACACAUGAGCGCAAUUGGCUGGCGGGCGCUUACAUACCCGAACAAAUUAUUGAGUCUGUCGCUCAAUCGCGUCGUACGAUUAUUGUACUAUCACAACAUUUCAUCGAAUCGGAUUGGGCGCGCAUGGAAUUUCGUACGGCGCAUCAGUGCGCCUUGAAUGAGCGACGUUCGCGCAUUAUUAUAAUAAAGCAUGGUGAGCUUACCGACAUGACGGCGCUCGAUAAGGAGUUACGCGCCUAUUUGACUAUGAACACCUACUUGGAGUGGGUAGAGCAUCCAUGGUUUUGGAGUAAGCUGCGUUAUGCAAUGCCACAUCGCAAGGGAGAGGGGCGCAGUGCCGGCAUGCUUGAGUUGAACGAACGUCGGAGAGCUUAUGUUAUUGGCGAUGUGGAGCGGAAUACGUUGCGUCAACUAGAUCAGUAGUAUUUACAGUAAAUUAGGUGUGAAUAAACUUCUUUGUAUUUUAAGAUUCAAUUUAUAGUCAAUAUUUUCAAUAAAGGUUUGAUCGUAUUUAACUUUAUACUGUACAAAAGGCUAAAUUAGGUUUACAUCGCUGAACGAAAUUGCAGAUUAGAGCUCGUGAAGGUGAAUUCUUGAUCUGCGUUGUAGACUUAUACUUUUUUAACUUCAUCGGAGCCAAUUUUUAUAUAGAACAAGUAGGGAAAUGUUAAGUUGGUGUGUUCCGAACAUUUUAAAAUAAAAUAAUAAAAAAAUAUGCAAAUCCAAUCUCGUGGUUCUUAAGAUAUGGUUUUGACACAGAAGUGGGCGGCGCCCAGCCUAAUAUCAUUUUGUUGUACCAGUUUGAGGGCAGCCUUUAAGUAAGUUGAUAUAGGGUUGAUAUAACUUUAAUAGUUUACGAGAUAUAUACAAAUAUCCGUUCAAUUCUGAUCGCUUUGGCAUAUAUAACAUUAUAUCUAACUCGUUUAGUUUUAGGACUUACAAACAACCGGUAUGUGAACUUAUCUAGUAUGCUGUGUGAAACAUGUUGCGAGAGUAUAAAAAUCCAUAGAAUAAAUAUUUA